ACAGAAAAAAUGAGAAAGAAAUGAAGAUGGUCUUGUGGUCCUCUUCUCUCACUCUUAUCAAUCGUUUCUCGCUCUGCUCAUCACUCCACGCUUUUAAGUCCUUCACUUUUUGCAACGAAUUAUGGAUGCAAAAGGGAAGAACAAGGUGGGAAAAGUCGUCAAGAGGGAAGCUGGGGAGUCUGAUGAGGAGGGGUACUGCGAGUCGUACAAUAAUAUGGCAGAAGAUGGCCAUAAUAGUAGCUGCAGGAAAAAGAAAGGAUUCGUGGUAAAGAAAGCUGGUUCAAGUGGUGGUGGAGGUGGGAGUGGGAGGAAUUGUCAAGUGGAGAAGUGUACGGCUGAUCUGAGUGAUGCAAAGCAGUAUCAUAGGAGGCAUAAAGUGUGUGAAGUUCAUGCAAAGGCUCAGGUUGUGCUUUUGGCUGGGAUCAUGCAGAGAUUUUGUCAACAAUGUAGCAGAUUCCAUGAGCUAUCAGAAUUUGAUGAAAGCAAAAGAAGUUGUCGUAGGCGUUUGGCAGGGCACAACGAACGACGAAGGAAGAAUGCAGCUGAUUCAAAUGGGGAAGGCUCAAGCUGCAAAGGGAUAGGCACUCAGUUAAAAGAUAUGGUCUGUGGGCAGGUUGAUGAAAAUGGAAGAAUCAAAAUAGCUAUUCAAGAGAAUGCCACUUACAAACAUUUCCAGAUCAGAUAACUGUUUACUCUUGAGGAUGCUCUCUCUCUUCUGUCAGCCAAGGGAUGUAAUGACAGUGAUCGUGCUAUUAAACAUUGUGUACGUAUUGAAGAUUCAUAGUAUUUAAGCUGAAUACAAGCCAUUGGAAUCAGAACAUUCAUUUCGUGGUGUUAGGAUUUCUAGCUAAUCGCGGCCUUAGGUAUAUAUACUAUCAUUUGGUUUAGCCAAUUAACUCAUUUACGCUAUUUAGUUAGAUUAUAAUUGCUUGUACUUCCUUGACUCUUCCUGAGUGAAUUCCUCACUCUAUUAUCGACUGAGAGUUGACUUUUAA